GGCUAAAAGGACCCAGCGUUAUGGAGGCUCCUGUGGCCACUUCGCCCGCGAUCGGUUUUCCAACCGACGGUAGAUGCAGCUACUUUGUGGAAAAGAAGAAGCGCUUCUGCAGGAUGGUGGCGGCCGCGGGAAAAAGGUUCUGUGGUGAACACGCUGGAUCCGCGGAGGUCUGCUAUCGCCCUACCUUCCUGAGAAUCGGAACUGAAUUGCGGGAAGAAAAUGCUCGGAAAAGAAUCUUGUGUCCUUUAGAUCCCAAACACACAGUAUAUGAAGACCAACUAGCAAAACAUUUGAAAAAAUGUAAUUCAAGAGAGAAGCCUAAGCCUGAUUUCUUUAUUCAAGAUAUAAAUGCAGGAUUAAAAGAUGAAACAGAAAUUCCUGAACAAUUGGUUCCAUUUUCUUCUCUAUCUGAAGAGCAGUUGGAAAACUUAAUCAAGAAAUUGAGAAAAGCAAGUGAAGGCUUGAAUUCUACACAUGAAGAUCACAUUAUGUCCCAUCCAGCAUUACAUGAUGCCCUUAAUGACCCGAGAAAUGGUGAUUGUGCAGUCAAGCACCUAAAACAGCAGGCUUCUAUUUUAGGUAACAUUGAAAAAUUAAAGUUACUUGGUCCAAGAAGAUGCUUUGUUGAGUUUGGAGCAGGAAAGGGGAAAUUAUCUCACUGGGUUGAUAUUGCCUUAAAAGAUGCUGAAAACGUUCACUUCAUCCUGGUAGAAAAAGUGACCACAAGAUUCAAGGUAGAUGGUAAACACAGAAAAAAGAACUCAGUGUUUGAAAGACUUCAAAUUGAUAUCCAACACUUGUGUUUGAACAGGAUUCCUGUGCUAAGAGAAGGAAGACUGCCUGUGGUAGGAAUUGGGAAGCAUCUGUGUGGGGUCGCAACAGAUCUUGCAUUACGAUGUUUGGUUGAAACCUACGCUGCCAGUUUUAAAGAAAAGGAUGAAGAACCUUUAGCCAAGCGCGUAAAGAAUGAUAAGACAGAAAAAGAAAGUAACACUUUGGCCAAGGAAGGAAAUGAAAAGGCUGUCCCAGAGACAUGGACCCCUGUGGCUGGCAUCGUGAUUGCACUCUGUUGUCACCACAGGUGUGAGUGGAGACAUUAUGUGGGCAAAGAGUAUUUCAAGGCUCUUGGACUUGGGGCGGUGGAGUUCUACUAUUUCCAGAGGAUGAGUAGUUGGGCAACGUGUGGGAUGAGGACAUCUUUGGAAGCCUCGGAUGUUACUCCAGAGAAAAAAAUUGCUCAGAGGGGUGAGAAUGAAGAGCAUGAUGAUGGCGGAGACAGACUCACAGAUGGCAGCACUGACAGUUUGCCUGGGAUUCUUACUGCUGAAGAAAAGAAAAAAAUAGGACAUCUUUGCAAACUGCUGAUUGACCAGGGCCGACUCCAGUAUUUACAGCAGAAAGGCUUCAGUCCUGCCUUACAGUACUAUACGGACCCACUGGUGUCUCUGGAAAACGUGUUAUUAACUGCUGUACCAGCUCAUCUGUCAUCGCAGGAAAAAAAUCAUCAAUGAAAGGAACACGAACAUGAUGUUUAUCCUCCACAAACAAAAGAAUUUAAAUUAUUUUUAAAUUAUAUUUUGAUAUUCACAAAAAUAUCCACCAAGUUGUCAAAGUUUCCUUUUCAGCAGGGCUCUUUAAAUUACGUUAUCCCUCAGGCUGUAUGGAGCUUGGCAUAUGAGUCAGACAGUCGACUUGGUCUUCUGGAAGAUAUAAUAAAUAGCAUCAGCAUAUAAUUACAGUGUGAGCUCUGGCUAUUAAUCUGGUAAACUUAUCUUUGAUUUUAUUUGAUAUUUUUUCAUUUUUUGAGCUCCAGUUGUAAUAAACAGUAUAGGUUUAUAUAACAAGGAUCAA